AGCGCACCGUGCGUGACGUCAUGCCGACCGUGCUAGGCCUGGAGGGCUCCGCCAACAAGGUGGGGGCGGGGGUGGUGCGCGACGGCGCCGUCCUCAGCAACCGCCGCGCCACCUACGUCACGCCGCCGGGACACGGGUUCGCCCCCGGGCCCACCGGGCGGCACCACCGGGCCGUGGUGCUGGGGCUGGUGCGGGACGCGCUGAGCGAGGCGGGCGUGGAGCCCCGGGACCUCGACGGGGUGGCCUUCACUAAAGGCCCGGGCAUGGGCUCCCCGCUGGCGGUGGUGGCGGCCGUGGCGCGCACGCUCGCCCAGCUCUGGGGGCGGCCCCUGCUGGCUGUCAAUCACUGCCUGGGCCACAUCGAGAUGGGCCGCGCCGUCGGCCCCGCCCCCGACCCUCUCGUGCUCUACGUCAGCGGCGGCAACACCCAGGUGAUCGCGUACGCGCGGCGCCGGUACCGGAUUCUGGGCGAGACCCUGGACGUGGCCGUGGGCAACUGCAUCGACCGAUUGGCCCGGCUGCUGCAGAUCCCCAACGCCCCCAGCCCUGGCUACAACGUGGAGCAACUGGCCAAGAGGGGUCGCCGCCUGGUGCCGCUGCCCUACGUGGUCAAAGGCCUCGAUGUCUCCUUCUCGGGGCUGCUCUCGCACCUGCAGGCUGUGACCCCGAAGCUUUUGGAGUCGGGGGAGGUGACCCCCGAGGAUCUCUGCUUCUCCCUGCAGGAGACGGCGUUCGCCAUGCUGGCCGAGGUCACCGAGAGGGCGCUGGCGCUGACCCGGGCGCGGCACCUGCUGCUCGUGGGGGGCGUGGCCUGUAACCACCGGCUGCAGGAGAUGCUACAGAGCAUGUGCAGGGCCCGGGGGGCGGAGCUCUGCCCCGUCGAUGACAGGUACUGCAUUGACAACGGCGCCAUGAUUGCCCAGGCCGGGUGCGAGAUGCUGAGGGUGGGGCAGGUGACAGAGCUCAGCCAAUCAGGGAUCACGCAGAGGUAUCGGACGGAUGAGGUGGAAGUGACGUGGAGGGAUUGAGGUGGCCACGCCCACAGUGGCCACGCCCUUUUAAUAAAAAUAUUCCCUAUCCCCUCA